AUGGCUGAUAUUUUGAAAAAGUCCGGUGUCAUCUAUGGCGAUGAUGUUAGAAAAUUGUUCGACUAUGCUCAAGAGAAAGGCUUUGCCAUUCCAGCUAUCAACGUUACCUCCUCCUCAACAGUUGUUUCAGCUUUAGAGGCUGCCCGUGACAACAAAUCACCAAUCAUCUUGCAGACCUCUCAGGGUGGUGCUGCUUACUUCGCUGGUAAGGGUGUAUCAAACUCCGAUCAGACUGCCUCAAUUCAAGGCUCCAUCGCUGCAGCUCACUACAUCAGAGCUGUGUCGCCAGUCUACGGUGUCCCAGUUGUGUUGCACACCGACCACUGUGCCAAGAAGUUGUUGCCAUGGUUCGAUGGAAUGUUGAAGGCUGACGAAGAGUUCUUCUCUAAAACCGGUCAACCUUUGUUCUCCUCCCACAUGUUGGAUUUGUCUGAAGAGACAGAUGAUGAAAACAUUGCCACGUGUGUCAAGUAUUUUGAGAGAAUGACUAAGAUGAACCAAUGGCUCGAGAUGGAAAUUGGUAUUACCGGUGGCGAAGAAGAUGGUGUCAACAAUGAGAAUGUUGACAAGGAAUCUUUGUAUACUCAGCCAGAAACUGUCUUCGCUGUAUACAAGGCUUUGGCUCCAAUUUCGCCAAACUUCUCUAUCGCCGCUGCCUUCGGCAAUGUCCAUGGUGUGUAUAAGCCUGGUAACGUUGUAUUAAGGCCAUCCAUCUUGGGCGAGCACCAGAAGUACGCUAAGGAACAGAUUGGUACGGACAACAAGAAGCCAUUGUACUUGGUGUUCCACGGUGGUUCUGGCUCUUCUCAAGAAGAAUUCGAUACAGCUAUCGCUAGUGGCGUCGUCAAGGUGAACUUGGACACUGAUUGCCAGUACGCAUACCUCACAGGUAUUAGAGACUAUAUCUUGAGUAAGAAGGAUUACUUGCUUACUCCUGUCGGUAACCCUGAUGGAGAAGACAAGCCAAACAAAAAAUUCUUCGAUCCAAGAGUUUGGGUCAGAGAGGGUGAGAAGACUAUGAGCGCCAGAAUUGCCGAAGCGCUCGACAUUUUCCACACUAAGAAUCAAUUGUAA